CGCGGAAGUGUUUCCGUCGCUGUUCCUGAUGAGACUGCUGGGAGCACCUGUUUAUCUUUCUCAACUUUUCCUAUUUUGUAACAGAUUACGAUCCAACCAUUGAAGAUUCCUACACAAAGCAGUGUGUCAUAGAUGACCGAGCAGCUCGGCUGGACAUUUUGGAUACAGCAGGACAAGAAGAAUUUGGAGCCAUGAGAGAGCAGUACAUGAGGACUGGAGAGGGCUUCCUCCUGGUCUUCUCCGUCACAGACAGAGGCAGUUUUGAAGAAAUCUAUAAGUUUCAAAGACAGAUUCUCAGAGUAAAGGACCGUGAUGAGUUUCCCAUGAUUUUAAUUGGUAAUAAAGCUGACCUGGACCAUCAGAGACAGGUAACACAGGAGGAAGGCCAGCAGUUGGCACGGCAGCUCAAGGUCACAUACAUGGAGGCAUCAGCAAAGAUUAGGAUGAAUGUAGAUCAAGCGUUCCACGAACUUGUCCGAGUUAUAAGGAAAUUUCAAGAGCAAGAGUGCCCACCUUCACCCGAACCGACUCGGAAAGAAAAAGACAAGAAAGGCUGCCAUUGUGUCAUUUUCUAAGAGUCCCUUGAGUUUUACUAACAACUGCCAGGAAAGCCCUCGUCUCCUCUGUUACGGUUUACAUCUCGUUCGUACCUUUCUAGCCUUAGAUCGAUGAUCACCAUGUUAGCCUUACACCAAGAAGCUGGCUAAUCUUUCUUCGAAGCUAAUACUGGCCUUUUCCCGACCAGUUAAAGGAAACACUAAGGUUGCUUCAGAGAUGAUCUGAUUCCUUUGAAAUACAUGUCUACAUACACAGACGCAUUCUUUUUCCAAGGGGCUUACAUUUUAAUAGGGAUGAACCAAUUUUGGAACCUAAGCUGUUUGCUAAGCUGAAGUCAUAGGUUGUGAAGUAAUUUUUAAAUUCUGGAAUCAUAUUGCCUACUGUUACUCUAAAUAGGAACGUAGGGAGUUGUUUUUUUUUUUUUAUUUUUUAAAUGUGAAAUUUUGCCUCUCUUUAAAACUUUUGAUGUCAACUUUCAUUAACCUUAAAUACACUGAAUGGAAUCUACAGAAGUGAGACAUCUCAGGCCUUUCCUGAUGCUAUGGCUUUUGUUUUCCAGUGGCCAAAAUACCCAAAUGCCUAUUGUAUGUACGGAUUAAAAACUGCUUACCAAGUCUCUGUUAUGCCUCCUUGAAGAUGGACAUGCUCCAUGUGGCCAAAUAUUUGGACUCAUUCUGGACUUAGACUCUUCAGUGAACUUGAUUUUGUAAUUUAACUUUUCACAGCCAUGCUAAGGGUAAGAGUGAAGAAUUGUUGUUUGUCUUCCUUUUCAAGUAUUUCUGGUUAAGGGAUUAAAAAAAAAACAAAAAAACAAACUAAAACUGUUUUUGUUUGAUGUAAUAUAAAAUACGGAAUU